AUGGGCACACCUAAAGUAGAAUUCGAUGCGGAGGAUGUGGAGCCAAUGGAAGAUGAAGUUGAUGGGGAAUUCACUGAUUCCGAUUCCGACUCAGGGGAGGAAGAUAUCCAAAAACUGACUAAUCCCUCUAAGGAUGCAGUCUACAACCGAGAUGGUAUGAACGAUAAGCUUCAAGAAAUCAGCUGGCCAGAGAACUUGGGUUGGUUGCAUAAACUCUCCCUUGACAUCAAUCAAGAGCAAGAUGUAGAUGUGAACGAUGACCUGGCACGUGAGAUGGCAUUCUACACACAGGCAUUGGAAGGGACGAGGAGGGCAUUCGAGAAGUUUGAAACAAUGGGACUUCCCUUUCUAAGGCCUCCUGACUACUAUGCGGAGAUGGUGAAGUCAGAUACCCACAUGCAGAAAGUGAAGAGCCGUCUCUUGGCUGAGAAGAGGAACAUGGAGGAAGCAGAAGAGAGAAGGAAAGCUAGGGAGUCCAAGAAGCUAUCUAAAGAGGUUCAAGCCCAGAAGCAGAAGGAGAGAGCUACACAGAAGAAAUCUGAGAUUGAGGCUGUCAAGAAGUGGAGGAAGCAGAGACAGCAAAACGGGUUUCCUGCUCCUGGUGGGAAAAAGAAUGGCGACGAGAUUGAUUUGGACUUUGGAGAUGGUGUGAAGCCGUUUGCCAAGUCCAACAAGCAAAGACCUGGGGUAUCUCCAGGAGACAGGUCUGGUGGCAAGGGAAGAAUGAAAUCAUGGAAGGGCACCGGUAAACCGGAUAAGAAAAUAGUGGAGAGGGACAGGAAGGACUCGAAGUUUGGGUAUGGAGGAAGGAAAGGCAUGAAGAAGCAGAACACUGCCGAUACCACUGAUGAUUUCAGGGGGUUCAGGAAAACAGGUGGCGACGGCGGGAAUAAGAGGAGAAGGAAGCAGUAA